CACACUCCUUACAAUUCAAUGACUUGCGUAGACAAAUGGUGUUUGACGAUUGCAUGACCUCUUAGUGAUGCAAGGAUUUGUGAUUUAGGGUUUAGGGCAAUGGGGCUGCCCGAGACAGAGAACAAGGAUCAACGGACGCUGUUGUGGGGCGCUUCGCUGCUGCUUUUCUUCCUUCUCAUGCUGCUCACGCCAGCGAUCACUAAGAAUCAGUCACAGCACGCGUUUGCCGAUCAAAGAAAUUUCCUAGGCUUUCCAAACACGUUGAAUGUUUUUUCGACGUUCCCUUACCUCGUCAUUGGCUGCAUUGGAACUGUGCUGUGCGCGCAAGGGAAUUACUUUGGAUUCAGUUCUCAAGGGGAAGUCUGGGGAUGGACGUGGUUUUUCGUUGGAAUCACGGCCUCGGCAUUUGGUUCAGCGUAUUACCAUCUCAGGCCGAGUGAUUCUCGCUUCGUUUGGGAUUGCCUGCCAAUGGCUUAUGCCUUUGCAUCGAUCGUAGCUGUCUUUGUUGUGGAAAAACGAGACGAGCUCAAAGGACCAAAAUCGUUUGUGCCGUUGCUGCUAGCGGCCUCAGCAACGGCAACAUAUUGGUGGUUCGCUGACGAUAUGCAAUUGUUUGCACUCCUGCAAUUUAUUCCUUCGGUUGCCAUCCCCGCUAUGACAGUCGCUUUGCCUCCGAAAUACACACAGUCCUGGUAUUGGAUGUGGGCUGCAGGUAUGUACCUGCUGGCCAAGCUUGCUGAAGCAUUCGAUUCUAGAGUUUAUCACUGGACUCGGUUUCUAGUAAGUGGACAUACAGUGAAGCACCUGAGCACGGCUAUGGUGCCCGUGUUUCUUAUGAUCAUGCUCGCUCCGCCCAACGUCAAAAUUGAGCGAUUAACCGUCUGAUGGCAUUGGUUUUGAGCAGAAAUAUAAUAGACUGACAGAAAAACUCGUGGAGAAGAGAAGAGAGCAAAAUAUCCUGGCGGCCAAACUAGGUACUUGCUUUGCAAAGGGGCUGCUCGAUGUCGAUAUGCCUGCAAGUUUCCAGUGGUGGAAUUCGUCACAGCAGGAGUUAUUCCUGGGAAAAAUCCGGCUUUUCGAGGCAUAAGUUGGCUCUGGCGAGAAGGCCAGCUACGACCUCCUCCGAUUCUUCGAAGUCUUCCUCGGAGCAGCAGCAGGAGGAGGCCAAAGGCGUUCCAGAAUGGGCCAAGCCGGGAUCUGAUGUUCCUCCUCCUUGGGCUAGCGGCGAGAAGAAACAGGUCUCCUCAGAAGGCUUCCAGGAUUUGCCUUACAUCGUUUAUCUGGUGGCUUCGUGCUUGGUCGCCAUUGCUGCUGUAAGGUCGGCUCCAUUUUCGAGUACUUCAACAAAAAUCCCGUGUUUGGGGUGAUUCAACCGGACAGUCCCUUCUACACACCGGUGCUGGGCUUCUUUUCAAUCACUGGCAUCCCAGUUUCUGCGUUCCUAUGGUUUAGAGCUAUCAAACUUGCGAACAAGGACGCUGAAAGGCAGGACAGAGAGGACGGUUAUUUCUAAGCCCAUGUAUUCACUUUUCUGAUAACUUUUUAGACUUGGCUAAAAAUUUGACAAUUGACCAUUGACUUUAAAACCCUAAAGGUUGACUA